AGCAUGUUCAUGCAACUUAAUAAAAAGUUCACCGGAACAAAUCUAUAUUUUUUUAAGAGGGCUAAAAGGAAGCAGAAAUAGCAGGAGAAGAUUGAUUGUGCAAUCAAUGCUAGCUGUGUGGCUAACCAAAUGCACCUUGGUCAACCUUUACCUCCUCCAUACACUGUAUGCCUCUCUCUCCUAUAAAUACUAUCUGUUUUUCUUUUACUUCUGCACACAAACCCUUCCUAUAUUUUCUUCCCCUUCUAGGCAAAACCUUUGUUUUCCUGUGGUAUUUCUUUACCCAUCUCUUUCUCUCAGCUAUUUAUAUCACUGGCUACUGAAGCAGGAAAGCCAUGGUUUUUCCUGUGGUAUUUUUGAAGCUAGCUGACUGGGUCUUGUACCAGCUGCUGGCUAACUCAUGUUAUAGAGCCGCCAGGAAGGUGAGAAACUAUGGUUUCUUUCUAAGGAACCAAACUCCUAGGUCGUCAUCACAGCAGCAAGCUGCUUCUUUGUUCCCUAGUGCUUCCCACUGUGAUGUAGGCAACAAUAUUAGAAGCUCUCAAACACUGGUUUGUGAUAUUCAUGGAGUCUUAUUAAGAGCAGAAACCUUUUUCCCUUACUUCAUGCUAGUUGCUUUUGAAGCUGGAGGCAUUUUGAGAGCCUUUCUGUUGCUUUUAUCGUGCUCCUUUUUGUGGGUUUUGGACUAUGAGCUCAAAUUGAGGGUAAUGAUUUUUAUAUCCUUCUGUGGGCUUAGGAAGAAGGACAUUGAGAGCGUUGGCAGGGCUGUUUUGCCAAAGUUUUAUCUUGAGAACCUUAAUCUCCAAGCUUAUGAAGUUUGGUCUAAAACAAGUUCAAGGGUUGUAUUUACAAGUAUACCUAGAGUUAUGGUGGAAGGAUUUCUCAAAGAAUACAUGGCCGUCGAUGAUGUUGCAGGCACUGAAUUGCACACUGUUGGGAACCGAUUCACAGGCUUGUUAUCCAGCUCCGGUUUGCUGGUAAAGCACAAAGCUCUAAAGGCAUACUUUGGUGAUAAAAAGCCAGAUGUUGGCCUCGGAAGUUCAAGCCUCCAUGACCAUCACUUUAUCUCCCUUUGCAAGGAAGCCUAUGUGGUGCACAAGGAAGAUGGUAGAAACAAUCAAAGUUGUUUGAUGCCAAGGGACAAGUACCCGAAGCCACUUAUAUUUCAUGAUGGGAGACUAGCUUUCUUGCCAACACCUUUUGCAACACUCUGCAUGUUCUUGUGGCUUCCAUUUGGGAUAGUUCUCGCUAUAUUUAGGAUUCUGGUUGGUAUCUGCCUGCCUUACAGGUUAGCUAUUUUCUGGGGUUCUCUGAGUGGAGUUCAGCUAACUUUCCAAGGCUGCUUUCCUUCAUCCAAUUUAGAACAGAAAAAAGGUGUUCUAUAUGUCUGUACCCAUCGAACUCUUUUAGACCCAGUUUUCCUUAGCACAGCAUUGUGCAAGCCUUUGACAGCCGUGACCUACAGCUUGAGCAAAAUGUCUGAAAUAAUAGCUCCCAUCAAGACAGUUAGGUUAACCAGGGACCGGAAGCAAGAUGGAGAAACCAUGCAAAAGUUGCUGAGUGAAGGUGAUUUAGUGGUGUGUCCUGAGGGAACUACAUGCAGAGAGCCUUAUUUGUUAAGGUUUAGCUCAUUGUUUGCUGAACUAGCUGAUGAGAUAGUUCCAGUAGCUAUGAACGCUCAUGUAAGUAUGUUUUAUGGAACAACUGCAAGUGGGUUGAAAUGGUUGGAUCCCAUUUUCUUCCUGAUGAACCCUAGACCUAGCUACCAUGUUCAAAUCCUUGGAAAGGUGCCCCCAGAGUUUACAUGUGCCGGUGGCAGAUCUAGCUUUGAAGUGGCAAAUUAUAUUCAGAGAAAGCUGGCUGAUGCACUGGGAUUUGAGUGUACUACCUUUACUAGGAGAGACAAGUACUUGAUGUUAGCAGGUAAUGAAGGGAUUGUCCGUGAAAAUAAGAGAAAUUGACAAGCUCCUGCACAACAAAAUUUAUUUGCACACUUAAACCCUAUUGUAUUAACAUAUAUAUGUCAGUUCUUUCAAAUAUUUCUGGACCUGUUUUCCAGUCGCCUCUCCAUUGAGCAAUAGAGUUUUUUGUUUUUUUGUUUUUUUUGUAAAAGAUAUGGUCCUUUUUUGUCAGAUGAUAUCUUAUCGCAUUGAGUCUGAAAUUUGAUCUAUAGUGAUUAUCAUUCAGUUGCAGAUUGCAACAUGAGUGUACUACCAUUUUAUAAAAUCACUCCUUCAGCUAUUCAAACCGUCAAAUUCUUUUGUGGACCUGAAUUAAUUCAUCCCUUGUUCUAAAAUCCCGUAUUACUUUACUUAUCGAAUUUUUUGGAGCCAAUUUGUCUCGACACCAUCGGACCAAUAUAGAAUCCCGGGAUUUUUGUUUUCGAUAUCAACCUUGAUUCACCCUGUAAAUUUGUACCUAAAAAGUUUGGUUGAUAUAAAUUUUGUGGAAUUGUAUAAAGCAGCAGAUUUAAUGGA